AGACGCCCGCACACCAAAUAGUUGUUACUUUAAUACGUUGUGCUCAUUUUAACAACACGCGUGCAUACCGUGAAACGUUAACGUAAAUGACACACUUCGCUGCAUAGCACGUUUGCUCGCUUUCAAAGAAAGAAAGGACGACGGGAUGAUCGAGGUGGUGUGCAACGAUCGUCUGGGCAAGAAAGUCCGCGUAAAGUGCAACUCCGAGGACACCAUCGGAGACCUAAAGAAGCUCAUCGCAGCGCAGACGGGGACGCGGUAUGACAAAAUAGUCUUGAAGAAAUGGUACACCAUAUUCAAGGACCACGUGUCACUGGGAGAUUAUGAGAUCCACGACGGCAUGAACCUGGAGUUGUACUACCAGUGAAAGCAAGGCGCUAUCUGUCAGGAAAUGAUAUCAUUACGGGGACAAAAUAAAGAAGAAUAAUGCGAGUGACUUGAUGUUUUGAUGUUUGUUGUUGAUGAUCAUUUGGAAAUAAAGCGGUUCAUUACCCAACCA